AUGACUCAAGAAGGGGCAGAUAUGACGGCGGAAACCGACUGUAUGAUAGACAGAGACGCGGGGAAUAAACCGGCGACCGGAGAAUCUUCCGGCAAUGUGAAAGAGAUGCGGGCGGUAAUGUUGUCAGGCUUUGGAGGGCUCAACAAACUCCGAGUGACCAAGAAGCUGAUGCCCGAGCCUCAGCGUGGCGAAGUCAAGAUCCGCGUUAAAGCAUGUGGUUUAAACUUCCUGGAUUUGAUGGUACGUCAAGGGACUAUUGAUAGUCCACCUAAACCCCCUCUUGUUCCUGGCUUUGAAUGUUGUGGGAUCGUGGAGUCCGUGGGUGAAACCACAGACAGAUUUGAGAUCGGAGACCGAGUUAUGGCUUUUGUCAACUACAAUGCCUGGGCAGAAGUUGUCUGCACACCAGAGGAGUUUGUCUACAAAUUGCCAGAUGAUAUGACUUUUGCUGAAGCUGCUGCCUUUGCGCUGAACUUCGUUGCUGCCUACAUGAUGCUCUUUGAGGUGGCCAACCUUAGAGAAGGAAUGUCGGUGCUGGUGCACUCAGCCGGGGGUGCUGUUGGUCAAGCUGUGGCUCAGCUGUGCGCCACUGUACCUAACAUCACCGUCUUUGGGGUGGCCUCAAGUUUGAAGCACGCUGCUAUCAGAGAUUCUGUGACUCAUCUCUUUGACAGGAAUACUGACUACAUACAAGAAAUCAAAAAGAUAUCUCCAGAGGGAGUUGACAUCGUCUUAGACUGUCUAUGUGGAGAAAACACAGGCAAAGGACUCAGUCUGCUGAAGCCAUUGGGAACGUACGUUGUCUACGGCGCAUCCAACAUGGUAACCGGGGAGACAAAGAGUUUCUUCAGCUUUGCAAAAUCUUGGUGGCAGGUGGAGAAAGUGAACCCCAUUAAACUGUACGAAGAGAACAAAGUCAUGGCAGGAUUUUCAUUGCCCAACCUCCUCUUCAAGCAGGGAGGAUCCAGCAGGGUAAAGUUGGUGAUGGACAAACUCUUGUGCCUCUACAACCAAAAGAAGAUCAAGCCAGUGGUGGAUUCUCUGUGGGCUCUGGAAGAGGUUAAAGAAGCCAUGCAGAGAAUUCACGACAGAGGCAAUAUUGGAAAGCUCAUUCUGGAUGUGGAGAAGUCACCUACUCCUUUGAUGGCUAGUGACAGCACUGAAACCAGCGAAGCAGGGGAAGAAGAAGAGGAGCCUGAGGGAGACAAUGACAGCAAAGAGCGCAUGCCUUUUAUCCAUUAG